AUGCCACCGGCGCGGCUACGAACUUUGAGCCUCAGCCCGUCGCGCAGGAAAUCAGCGCGAUUCUCUUCCGACUCCGACCACUCCGACCCCGAUUCCACCAUGGCCCAAUCCAGACCUUCGUCCAUGGCGAUACCGCCACCCUCAUUGCGAGACAUUCUGUCCAACACUGCGCCCCCACCAUAUACUUUUGGCGCCUUCCUUGCCUUCCUGUCCCACAACCACUGUCUCGAGACGCUCGAGUUCACCCUUGGUGCUGACCAGUAUCGCAAGGCGUAUAACGACAUCAUGCUCGGGAGAUGCCGUCCUACACCUGAUGGUCUCCACCAGCUGCGAUCCAUGUGGGAGAAGCUCAUGAAUGCGUAUAUCCGGCCCAACAGCAGCCACGAAGUCAACCUUCCGGCUCACGUCCGCGACCGGCUAGUGCAGCUCUCUUGCGCUGAGCAACCGCCGUGCCCCUCGGAGCUUGACCAGGCAGUGGCUUACACCUAUGAUCUCAUGGAAGGUUCGAUACUCGGACCCUUCUUGGAAUCACUAGCGCCGACCCCUUCGCCUGCGCCUGCGUCUACUCACCCUACUUCUUCUCACUCAACAACACACUCACACUCACACUCACAUUCUCACUCCCACUCUCACUCUCUCUCCCAUUCCCGCUCGUACUGGAAGGACUUGGUACACGAUCCCAGACGCGCACACGGUGGAGCCUCACCUCCUCCUCAGCAUGAUGGCCAGCAGUCGAACCGAUCAUCAAAGACCAGCGGCCUUCUUCCUCUGCACACUUUCGGGUGGCAGAGCGAGACCUCCAGCCGAUCGGCUUCCUCAUCAACCGUGGCCGACUCACCUAUCGACGGCUUUACUGAUGACAGCAGUUCCGGUUAUCCUUCUGGAAACGAGCCCAUGACGCCGCCCACCACACCGCCUAGCGCCGACUGGACCUUUGGCACCUCCCCCAGCGGUAUCUCUAGGGCCAUGCACACCAGCGGCUGGAAGAAGAUGGGCGCAAAGCUGGGUUUGGGCAAGAAGAGCCGUAGCAAGCGCUCCCAGACCACUAGCGUCCCUUCUACCGGGUAUGGGUACGAAAUUGCUCUUGAUGGAGCCCGCUCUUCCCCCCGCCUCCAUCCUACCACCUCGGCCGAGUCUAUCAAUUCGGAUUAUUCGAUGGAGGAUGUAGCAGAUGUCAAGUUGGAACCACCUAUUCUGGUCCAAUGGGAAGAGUCCACCCCCGGUCAGCAUAUUCCGUCGCCAAUGGCCGGUAAUAACAACGCAGUUCAAGAUGCUGGCCGCGAGGGUAGGCUUCACAAGGAUGGCAUGGCCGCAAAAGGCUAUACGCCAUAUAUCAGAACGACGCCUGAAGGUGUCGCAAGGCGAUUUACUCGCCCCAGAGUCAGAAGGGCCAUUUCGAGCAACCCCGCAGUCACCGUUGACAAGUCGGCUACCAACAACAAGCCCGCUGUCAGCAGCCCGCUCCGCACUGUCUCGGCCUCGAACCUACGCUCCAAGUUCCUCGCUGUUGAUCACUCUCAGGAUCAGUAUCUCAAGCCUCCCACUGUGGUGGAUCCAUAUGGCUGGGAAGCUGCCUACAGCGGCGAGAAGCUGGAAGCUGAUGAUGAGCAGACCUGCCUGGAGAACUUUGGAUUCGACGAAGCUACUCUUGUCAAGCUGACCUACCGCAGUGCUGGCGGAGAGCGUCGUAAUCUAUUCCACCGCAUGUUCGCCCAUGCUCCGAGGGCAGAGGGUGGUGCCACGGCAACCACCACUCUUGCGCUCAAGGCCUAAAAAAAAAGCGCCUCUCGCUUCAAAAUUCAAUUUCCUACUUGUCUGUCUUCGGUCUGUGCUUUCAACAAUAUACCCCUCUAUCGUUUGGUCUUUUUGCGUUUUCUCUUUUCUUUUUCUUUUUUUUUUUUUUUUUUUUUUCCUAGCGUCUUUACUACAUACAAUAGACUUGGUGUGUGGAGGAACUUUGCUCACGCAAAGGAUUUCGGAAAUGAAAGCACAUUCAUGGGAGAUGCCGCAAACGGGAUGACGAUGAACAUGACUUAUACACUUCAACUCACGUCAACGGCUUUUUUUACUGUUUUCUUGUUUUACAAACUUUUUUCUACCCUUUACUAUAGCACAAAUGGUUAAUAGGGGAAAUAAGGGGUUUUAAAGGGGAGCAAGGCAAAGCAUUUUUCGGCGGCGGGAUGGAUCGAAUUCGGAUCGGAUCGGUGGUCAUUCAUGGUGGCCGGCGGGUUAUCAGGCGCGCACGCGGUUUUAGGCAGGCGGCUUCAUUAUCAUACAUAACUUUCGCUCAUGUCCUUAUGUCCUAUCUUUUGAAGGUGUAACUGUACUCUUAUGUUGCGAAAGAAAGGUGGGAGGCUUAAACCGGUGGGCGAUUGAUUGGUUGGCAGGCAAACCAGGAGGAUAGGCGUUUGUUUUUCACAGGGGUAGCCAUUCAUACAAUGGCUGGAUACAAUUGAACAAGAAUAAUUGAGCAUCAAGAUUCAAGUUA